AUGUCGACGUUUACACAUAGCCUACGGCAGCUGAGAUGUCAAGGCCAACUUUUCCGAGCACCAUGGCCUCAACCUGCCUUGCAAAGAGCGACUUUUCCCCUCGGUGUGCGAAGCAUCGCCAGUGAAACAUCUUCAACGAUCGUCGAACCGAAGCCCGAUCCCUUCGCCGUGAUAGAUUCUAGUUCCAAGAUUUCUCUGCCAUUCCAGGAUGUCCAGCAUGCGAGAGCCGUUCCCAUCUCGGCUUCGUACUUCUCUCGGGAACCUCAAUUCAAUGAGAUGUACCUACGAAUCGCUCGUCUUCUCACCAAAUACCACACUCUUCCGACACUACCCCCAAGCGCUGCUCCUCCGACAGCUUGGAUAAAGCUCGACGAAAUGCGAUCGAAACUUGGUGAACCAAUUAAGGCCUCCCACUACGCCAAGGUCAUUCGAGUUGCCAAGCGGCUGAAUCAGAUUGAGACUUCACUCUUCCCUGAGGAAGUCCGGGUUGCUCUUGAGGAUUUCAAGCGAGACAUCAACCCAUUCAUGAAUGUACCUCACGAGGUGACAGUCGACAAGUUUGGACGAGCUGUUGGUGUCGGCAAGCGAAAAGAAUCUACUGCUCGGGCUUGGGUUGUGGAGGGUACAGGAGAAGUGCUGAUCAAUGGCAAGACCCUCAGCCAAGCUUUCGGUCGUGUCCAUGAUCGUGAGAGUGCGGUCUGGGCUCUCCAGGCCACUGAGAGAUUAGACAAGUACAAUGUCUGGGCAUUGGUGGAAGGUGGUGGAACAACCGGUCAGGCCGAGGCUCUUACGUUGGCAGUUGCCAAAGCUCUGAUCGUUCACGAGCCAGCGCUCAAGACUGCUCUUCGAAAAGCUGGGUGUAUCACCAGAGACCCAAGGACAGUGGAGAGGAAGAAGCACGGCCAUGUCAAGGCACGCAAGAUGCCCGCCUGGGUCAAGCGAUAA